GCUUGCUUGCUUGUUUGUUUUCUUCGCGUGAUGCAAACGUCUUCACUAUAACUUUUCUCCUCAUUUUCUAUCUUUUCUCUCUCAUACAUUACGCUAAACUUGCUUUUGUUUCUGUGAUUCUGUUUUGCUUUUUACAGAGCACGUCGUUUUCCAAUUCUUGUAUACUCUGUUUGUUUGUUUUUGCUUUCUGGGUCGGUUUUAUUUUCAUUUGGUUUUCAAGACAAGUCUCUUUUUUCUCUAAUGGGUUUGUGUUUUCUUUAAGUUUAAUUAACUCUUUCUUUGAGGGGUUUAUACUGUUUCUGGGUUUUGACUGUAAAAAGAGAAAAUUACGCCGGAAUUAUUGGGUUUUGCGGUGACCGGAAAAAGAUUGAAAAUUGAAGGAAAAAAUAGACUUUUUGUUUUCUUUUUCUGUAUUUUUAUAUAAUAUAGUUGUCCAAACGUCAAAAAAAUAUAUUUUUUUUCACCUUGUAUAUAGACCGAGUAAUAUUCUCCUCUUAUUCACAAAUCCCGUCAUUUUCUCUCUUUCUUUCUCUCUCCCUCUCUCUGUUUUUUUCCCCAUUUCUACUCUGUGUUUUUUUUUUCCUUUCUCUUCUCCUCUGUUUCUUUGGGUGUCUAGAGAGAGAAAUAGUUUCUUCAAUCUCUUUCUCUCUCUUUCUCUCUGUGUGUUUGUGGUUGUUGAAUAAUCAUAUCAAUGGAAAAGGGGUCAUUGCAAUCAAACCUUGAUUGUUUCUUGGAAUGCACAACACCAUUAGUCCCUUCACAGUUUUUGCCUCAGAGUGAGAUUAGAAAUCUAAAUAUGCUAUGGCAUCCAUGGGAAAGAGAAAAGGUUGAAUACUUUACUUUGGGUGAUCUUUGGAAUUGUUAUGAUGAAUGGAGUGCUUAUGGUGCUGGAGUUCCUAUUAAAACAGAUUCAGCAGAAACAUUAGUACAAUAUUAUGUCCCUUAUCUUUCUGCUAUUCAAAUCUUUAUCAGCAGAUCAUCUGUUAAUUUUCUCAGGGAAGAGACAGAAUCGAGGGAUUCAUCGUUCAGUGAUUCGUUUAGUGAUGAGAGUGAAAGCGAAAAGUUGUCAAGAUGGGAUGGAUGUUCGUCUGAGGAAGGUGAUAGUCUUUGGCAUAUGAAUGAUAGAUGGGGUUAUCUCUAUUUUCAGUACUUUGAGAGAUCAACUCCUUAUGGAAGAGUCCCUUUGAUGGACAAGAUCAGUGGUUUCGCUGAAAGAUACCCUGGAUUAAUGUCAUUGAAAAGUGUAGACCUUUCACCAGCUAGUUGGAUGUCAGUUGCUUGGUAUCCGAUAUAUCACAUUCCUAUGGGAAGAACCAUUAAAGACUUGUCAGCAUGCUUUCUCACAUUCCAUACACUUUCUUCUUCUUUUCAAGAUAUGGACCUUGAUGAUGACAUGGAGAAUGGUAAACAAAAACGAAAGGAAGGAGAAAGUAUCCCCCUUGUGCCUUUCGGCUUGGGCACUUACAAAAUGCAGGGAGAUGUGUGGCUUUCAGACAGGAGUGGGAAGGACCAAGAGAGGCUGUCAACACUUUUUAGUGUGGCUGAUUCUUGGCUAAAGCAGUUGGGUGUCCAGCACCACGACUUUAACUAUUUCAUGGGUGUUCGUCGUGGCUGAUCACAUCUCAAAUGAAUGAAUUCGCGCUUUAUAAAACCCCACCAACGGGGCUGAGUACUACUGGAGUUCCUUUUAUUAACAUAGGCUCUCUGAGGUGUUUCUGGUUUGUUGCUUUCGGUAGCAUGAACAGCCUUAGAACUCCCUCCUAUAUAAAGGCAUUAGUAUUUUACGCGUUGUUCUUCGAAUCCUUAGCUUGAGCUUUCUGUGACUUGCUUUUUUUUGUAUGUAUAGGGAGAGGACUAAUUGUGUAGGACUUCCAUCUUUCCAUGACUCUUAUCAUGACCCCCUAGUACUUUGUGAGCAAUACUUUGCUCCUUCUUUUGUAUAAAUUCUGAAGUACCUUUUUUGGUGUUGCAUUUGUGCUUUUUCCUUGUAUAAUAUAUAUGUUCAUGUAAAUAGUUCAUCUUUCAAUAGUAAAGAAUUUCCUGUACAAGUACAAAAAAUAGAGUUGUUGUGUUCACAUUGAA